AUGGUGGAGGAACGCGUGACGACGCUCGAGGCGACACCCGGUUACAAGCGGUACCAGCGACUGCCCCCGGCCGCCACUGCACUGCUGAGCGAUCACACGAUGGUGCGGGUCUCGCAGCGUUCCCUUCGGCAUAAGAUCGAACAAGUGGUGCACCAGUCUCGAGAGGCAGCCGAACGGUCUGCUGAACUUGACUUGCUGCUCGAUCGGGAAGGCCGGCGUGGUUUCAUCGAGCCCGAGUCUGAACUCGAACGCCAUACGAGCCACGUUUCUCAGCAAGCGCUACAGGAAGCAAGCAGCCUCUAUGCACAACGAGGGCGUUUUCGCCUCGACUUUGAGGACUACUCGCGAACUCGCGCCUCGCAGGUACUCCGCAAGCAAGAACGAGCCGCUAGCUCGAACGGUGUCGAACAUCCCACCAUGGGCUACCGAGCUCGUUAUUCUGCAAGCUCGCGUGUCUUGCUGCUGGGAGGACUCCACAACGGCCAUGUCGUCGUUCUGGACUGGCGCCGCAAGCGCACCAUGGCACCAGAAUUGCACCUUGGAGAACACCUCCGCGAUGUUGUGAUGUUGCAUACAGACGGGUUGUUUGCAGCGGCCGUGGAACGUGCUGUCGCUAUCCACGACGCCGUCAGUGGUGCCCAGAUCCACUGCCUGCGUCAACACUCGCGCCCACAUAGUCUCGAUUUUCUGCGAUAUCAUCUUUUGUUAUUGAGUAUGAGCGAGACGGGCGAACUCCACUACACCGACGUCUCGAAUGGAAUGACGGUGGCCCAGUUCCCGACGCAUCUGGGCAGACCGAGCGCUGCGCUCACGACGAGCCCCUACCAUGGCGUCGCGUUCACCGGACAUGCCAACGGAACGGUGCAGCUGUGGUCUCCGGCUAUGCCAAACGAGCCGUUGGCAAAGGUUCUUGCGCAUCCGGGUUACGGUGGCGUUGCUGCCGUCGCCACCGAUCACGGCGGUCGUUACCUGGUAACCGCCGGGGCAGCGAGUCGACACUUUGCCGUAUGGGACAUGCGGAAACUGUUCCGACCGAUUCAUUCCUACGAAUCGAAAAGCGGUGGUUUGAUUACCUCAAUGGACGUCAGUCAAACUGGGCUCUUGGCGAUCGGGCACAGCGCUGGAGGUCGAGUGAUCAUCUGGAAGGACUGGGCACUGUACGAGGCCAAGGCGUACGAGCCCUACCUGCAGACACGGGUCGGUGUUGGAGCCGGCGGGACGCGGAUCAGCGCUGUUGCUUUUGCGCCUUUCGAAGAUGUGCUCGGUGUUGGCUACUCUACUGGGUUCGAGUCGUGCCUCGUCCCUGGAUCCGGAGAGCCCGAGUUUGAUGCGCUUGAGCCUAACCCCUACUGGCAGAAAGCACAGCGCCGCGCAGCGCAAGUGCAGCUGCUGCUGGAGAAGCUCCCACCAGAAACCAUCGCGCUCGACCCGAACUUUAUUGGACGGGUAGAACGAGAUCACCGCAGAGUCCAGCGCACAGGAAGGCGAGUCUCGCAGCUUCGCUACCGACCACCAGCAGAAACUGCACCCAACGAGGCAGCACCUCGAGAAGACCAGAGCUCGGCACCCGAGGAUGCACAGACCGAUGAGAACGGGGGUUUGUCGGCUUCGGUACCGCCGUGGCGGCGUCGGGUGAAGCACCCCUCACUCCGAAAGAGCCGUGGGAGGAAUGCUCUCGCCAAUCGACUACGAAGGCGUCAACAAAAUGUGAUCGACACGAAGGCCGAAGCGCUCCGAACCCGUCUAGUGCAAAUGCUUCAGCAUCGUCGUCGUCGUCGUCAACGAGGCCAUCCUCGUGUUCAUGAUCAUGAAACUGGGCAGCGCUCAUCCAAGGAUGCCACUCAAGCGACACUGCGCAGCGAGAGGCACACAAACCGCGCACAUCUCGCAAAGUUGAUGCCGCGGGCGUUGCAAAGCUUUCACCAACACCAACGGUAG